AUGAAGGUCAAAGUUCUUGGUGCGUGCGCUAGUGAAACGGCACAAACCCUAUUUCAAGAAAAGAGGAUUUCACGCGACUCCUAUAUUGCUGCCCCGAAGGAAACAAGGUAACCACUUUCCGAGAAACGAGAGAUCCUGGGUUGUGAUGAGCAAAGAGAUCUUCUUGGGUGCUGAGAAGUUUUCAUGCCCUGAUUCUAUCGGGAAAAAACAGAGAUGCAUGGGACAAAAUGAAAUCUGGGUUUGACAACCAAGAAAAGAAAAGUAAAACAUUUAAAUUUAAGCCGAAAGAUCCGUAAGUGGAGGUUGACAAGAAAAUGUUGGGCCGCGGGAGUCUUUGACCGCCGAGAGAGAGAGAGAGAGAGAGAGCGACCCGGGGGUGCCAUGCUAUGCUUGCAGGACAAGCAAUCUGGAAGUGCAUAUAAUGGAGAAGGAGCCGUUGGUGGAAGCUGCAGAUCAGGAAAGCAGUCUCGAAAGUGCCUGCCAUAAUUCUUUUCUCGGGAUCCCGGAAGACAACAGUGCUCACUUUUGUGAGCUGACUAUUUCUUGAGAAGCUUCAGCCCUCCAAGACAAUUCUGUGUAUAUAUACAGAAUAAAGAAGUUGCAUAACAGAUCUGUCCUUGGUACGGUAGCAUGGCUAUUGAAAAUGGAGCAACCGAAGAUUCAGGAACCAAUGAAGCCACCACAUCGAGGAGCCUCGAGGUGGCGGCGGCGGCGGCGAAGAGCCCUGCCGUGAAUGAGAAUGAGCAGGACUCCAACAAGAGCAAGGGAGAUGAAGCAAACUCGGUUCCAUUCCACAAGCUGUUCUCAUUUGCAGAUUCUACGGAUAUGCUAUUGAUGGUUGUUGGGUCGAUAGGAGCGGUCGGUAAUGGCCUUUCCCUGCCCCUUAUGACCGUUUUGUUUGGACAGCUGAUUGGUACAUUCGGCGAGAACCAGGCUAACACUGAUGUUGUAGAUCUUGUGUCCAAGAUAGCUCUGAAGUUUGUCUACCUGGCGUUUGGGUGUGGUGCAGCUGCGUUUCUUCAGGUGUCUUGCUGGAUGGUCACCGGCGAGCGACAGGCUGCGAGAAUAAGGGGCCUGUAUUUGCAAACUAUAUUGAGACAAGAUGUUGCCUUCUUUGACAAAGAGACCAACACCGGAGAGGUCGUCGGGAGAAUGUCGGGCGACACAGUUCUCAUCCAGGAUGCCAUGGGUGAAAAGGUGGGGAAGUUCAUACAGCUCGUGUCAACAUUUGUUGGAGGCUUCGUGAUAGCAUUUAUCAAGGGGUGGCUAUUGACCCUGGUCAUGCUAACCAUGAUUCCUCUGCUAGUGACUGCGGGUGGAGUUAUGUCGCUCAUCAUCUCAAAGACAGCAUCUCGUGGGCAAAGUGCGUAUGCAAAGGCAGCAAAUGUUGUUGAACAGACAAUUGGUUCGAUCAGGACGGUUGCAUCGUUUACCGGAGAGAAGCGAGCAAUUGCAAAUUACAGCAAAUUCCUUGUGCAUGCAUACGGAUCAGGUGUCCACGAAGGCCUGGCGGCUGGAUUAGGUCUUGGAACAGUCAUGCUCAUCAUCUUCGGCGGUUAUGCUUUGGCGGUAUGGUACGGCGGGAAGUUGAUAUUAGACAAGGGAUAUAAUGGGGGCAAAGUGAUUAAUGUGAUCAUGGCAGUCUUGACUGGUUCCAUGUCUCUUGGGCAGGCUUCUCCAUGCAUGAGUGCAUUUGCUGCUGGUCAAGCUGCUGCAUAUAAGAUGUUCGAGACCAUCCACAGGAACCCGGAGAUCGAUUCUUUUGAUACCAAAGGAAAGAAACUGGACGACAUUCGUGGAGAUAUAGAGUUGGGGGAUGUUUAUUUCAGUUACCCAGCCAGGCCCGAUGAGCAAAUAUUCAACGGGUUCUCUCUUAGCAUCCCGAGUGGUACAACUGCCGCUUUGGUGGGACAAAGCGGAAGUGGGAAGUCCACGGUGAUCAGUCUGAUAGAGAGAUUCUACGAUCCACAAUCCGGUGAAGUACUUAUCGAUGGGAUCAACCUUAAAGAGUUUCAGCUUAAAUGGAUCAGGAGCAAAAUUGGGCUUGUCAGCCAGGAGCCUGUGUUAUUCGCGUGCAGCAUCAAGGAAAAUAUUGCAUAUGGAAAGGAAGGCGCCACGCUUGAAGAGAUCAAGGCUGCUGCAGAACUUGCGAACGCAGCCAAGUUUAUAGACAAGUUGCCGCAGGGCUUGGACACUAUGGUUGGUGAACAUGGGACUCAGCUGUCUGGCGGGCAGAAGCAAAGAGUAGCCAUAGCAAGAGCGAUUCUUAAAGAUCCUCGUAUUUUGCUCCUGGAUGAAGCCACCAGUGCACUCGACGCAGAAUCUGAAAGAGUAGUCCAAGAGGCCUUGGACAGGAUUAUGGGCAACCGGACAACUGUCAUUGUUGCCCACCGUUUGAGCACGGUUAGGAAUGCCGAUAUGAUUGCUGUUAUUCAUCGUGGAAAAAUGGUGGAGAAAGGUUCACACUCUGAACUGCUCAAAGAUCCAGACGGUGCAUAUUCUCAGCUAAUACGCUUGCAGGAAGUGAACAGAGAGUCCGAACAAGCACCAGAUGACCAAAACAGGUCAGAGAUUACUGAUUAUAACAGACAGUCCAGUCAAAGAAUGUCGUACAAACGAUCCAUUAGUCGGGGAUCAUCUAUAGGGAAUAGCAGCCACAACUCGCUCUCAGUCUCCUUUGGUCUUCCCACUGGACUCAACAUUGCCGAUGAUACCGUGGCUGGACGACAAUCCCCUGCUCCUGGGAGCACAGAAAAACCACCAAAGGUCUCCCUACGCCGGCUUGCUCGUCUCAACAAACCAGAAGUUCCUGUCUUGCUAAUUGGAACUGUCGCUGCAGUUGUUAAUGGCGUGAUACUUCCGAUUUUCGGCAUACUUAUAUCCAGUGUUAUCAAAACAUUUUAUGAACCACCACAUGAACUUAGAAAGGAUUCUAAGUUUUGGGCACUGAUGUUUCUGGUCCUUGGCAUUGCAUCAUUUGUGGCAUAUCCAGCUCGUACAUACUUGUUCUCCGUGGCUGGUUGUAAGUUAAUCGAGAGAAUAAGGCUGAUGUGUUUCGAAAAGGUGGUCCACAUGGAGGUUGGCUGGUUUGAUGAACCUGAUCACUCAAGCGGUGCCAUUGGGGCAAGGCUCUCAGCAGACGCGGCGUCAGUGCGAGCCCUGGUUGGAGAUGCGUUAGCUCAGAUUGUGCAGAACAUCGCGUGUGCUGUUGCCGGUUUGGUCAUUGCUUUUACUGCAAGUUGGCAACUGGCGCUGAUCAUCCUUGCCUUAAUCCCUCUAAUUGGUGCCAACGGAUACGUACAAGUGAAGUUCAUGAAAGGAUUCAGUGCAGAUGCAAAGAUGAUGUACGAGGAAGCAAGCCAAGUAGCCACUGAUGCGGUCGGAAGUAUAAGGACUGUUGCUUCUUUCUGUGCUGAAGAGAAGAUAAUGCAACUUUACAAAAAGAAAUGUGAAGGCCCCAUGAGGACAGGGAUUCGACAAGGACUGAUUAGCGGAAUUGGGUUCGGCUUGUCCUUCUUCCUCUUGUUCUGUGUGUAUGCAACAAGUUUCUAUGCUGGAGCUCGACUCGUUCAGGAUGGCAAAAUAACCUUUUCAGAUGUCUUCAGGGUUUUCUUUGCUCUGACCAUGGCAGCCAUUGGAAUUACACAGUCAAGUUCCUUCACUCCCGAUUCCACCAAAGCCAAAGGCGCUGCUGCUUCCAUUUUCGCAAUAAUAGACCGCAAAUCCAAGAUAGACCCAAGUGAUGAGUCGGGGACAAAAUUAGACAAUGUGAAGGGAGAGAUUGAGCUUCGACAUGUCAGCUUCAAAUAUCCCUCUAGGCCAGACAUUCAAAUUUUCCGUGAUCUCAGCCUGGCCAUUCACUCUGGAAAGACUGUUGCUUUGGUUGGAGAAAGCGGGAGUGGAAAAUCGACAGUGAUAGCAUUGCUGCAACGCUUUUAUGAUCCUGAUUCAGGUCACAUUACGCUCGACGGAGUGGAUAUUAAGCAGCUGCAACUCAAGUGCUUAAGGCAGCAAAUGGGUCUGGUCAGCCAAGAACCAGUUUUAUUCAAUGAGACAAUUCGUGCCAACAUAGCUUAUGGAAAGGAUGGAGAUGCGACCGAGCAAGAAAUACUAGCCGCAUCAGAAUUAGCAAAUGCUCACAAGUUCAUUAGUGGACUGCAACAGGGAUAUGAUACUAUGGUUGGUGAAAGAGGGGUCCAGUUGUCCGGUGGUCAGAAGCAACGAGUGGCUAUUGCUCGAGCUAUAGUAAAGAGUCCCAAAAUCCUUCUUCUUGACGAGGCUACGAGCGCACUGGAUGCAGAAUCCGAGAAAGUGGUUCAAGAUGCAUUGGACCGAGUCGUGGUGAACCGAACCACAGUCGUGGUGGCGCAUAGGUUGUCCACGAUCAGGAAUGCGGACGUGAUCGCGGUGGUUAAAAACGGAGUCAUUGUCGAGAAAGGAAAGCACGAGACUCUGAUCAACAUCAAGGACGGUUUCUAUGCAUCUUUGGUUGCCCUACACACUAGUGCUUCUACUGUAUGAGCCUUUUUGUAACUUUCGCUUCCCCUGUAGCUAAUAAUUCUACAGGAGUAUAUUCUUGCCACUUUGCUUGACAAAAGAAAUGAGAAAUACAGUCGCAAGUUUGUUAACAUUCUUAUGCAAUUAGAUGUCGUAUGCAAUUCUACAGCUACAGCAAGUCGAUGCUAAAGAAAUGGAAAUGCCUUCGCUUUAUAUUC